AUGAGCCAGAAAAGGGUGAAUAGCAGGACUAUUGAUUCCUUCUUCAGUACUAGUGCAAAAAAGUCAACAGGAGCACAGCCUGUACUAGAAAGCACUUCAACUAUAGAAACUGAUACUAGCUUCCCUUCGUGUUCUGGUACACACGUAGAGCCAAUACCUUCUCAAACUGAUUCUGUGUUGCCACUGUCUGUUGAUACCCCACCUCAAACUGGCAGUAUCCUAAUGAAUGACAUUGGCACACAUCUUGGGAAAACAAUUGAUGAUUUCACCAAAUGCUUGUUACUGGAAAAUCCAUGGCACCCUCCUCCCGGAUAUGAGCUACCUUUCUCUGUACAGAACAUGACUUCCAAAAAUGGAGAAGCUCGGACAAUCAGACGAUACUUGUCAAAACAACAUAUUGACAGUUUUCCAUGGCUAGUAUAUUCAGCUGUUAAGAAGGGUUUGUUUUGCAAGUACUGUGCGUUGUUUGCACAACAUCGCAAAGGUGGUCAUAACAAAGGCAUGGCACUUGGAAAAUUGGUAACUGAGCCCCUUACGAAUUUUAAAAAGCUUAAGGGUAAGGAAGGAGAUUUGGAAGUCCAUGCAAGACUUGUUUAUCACCAGGAGAGUGUAACCGAAGGAAAAGCAUUUUUAAAAACCUACCAUUCCCCUGACAAUGAAAUUGUCAAUCAAAUAAAUUCUCACCGUCUUCAGAAGGUGAAGGAGAACCAAGAGCGAAUUCGUCCUAUCAUUGAGUCCAUUAUAUUCUUGGGUAGACAAAAUAUACCUCUGCGUGGCCACCGAGAUGAUGGUGCAUUAAUGGAUGACUCCACACCGGACGUGAAUGAAGGGAACUUUCGGGAAUUGCUGAGAUAUCGCGUUUCAUCUGGAGACAAAAUGUUAGAGAAGCACCUCCUUACUGCAUCUUCACGUGCCACGUACAUUUCAAAAUCCACACAAAAUGAUUUAAUCAAGUGUUGUGGUGAUGAAAUCUGCAAUAUCAUUGUUGGUAGAAUUAAAGAGGCUUGUUAUUUUAGUGUAAUAUUUGAUGAAACUACAGAUAUUUCACAUAUAGAACAACUUUCACUUAACUUUAGAUAUGUCUACAAUGGAUCUAUUCGUGAAGAUUUUAUAAAAUUCGUAGAUGCCUAUGAAUUUGCAACUCAGAGUGAGUCAGGAUUGGAUAGUUCAGAUUCAGAACUAAGGCUUACAGGACAGGUUUUAGGCCAGAUGGUAAUUCAACUAAUCAAAGACCUCUCCCUGGACAUCACUCAUUGUGUUGGCAUUGGAACAGACAGUUGCAGUGUUAUGUCUUCAGAGGUGGCUGGUGCUGUUUCAGAAAUUAUUAGAGCAGCACCCAACAGUUGCAGAUGUCCUUGCUACAACCAUUCUCUGAACAAUUCAAUUUCAAAGUCAUCACAAGUUUCAACAGUUCGCAAUGCAGUAGCAGUGGUAAAAUCAACCAUUUCAUUUUUUAAUCAAUCAGCAAAGCGUCAUUUUGUUUUAAAGCAGGAGUUAGGCUCUCAACUGACCAGUCUUUGUGAAACUAGAUGGGUAGAGCGCCACGAUUCUCUAAUUAGAUUUCGGGAUGGUCUAGUUAAAGUGGUGAGUGCACUAUCAGCAAUAUCUCAGUGGAAAUGCUUAAGCUCUAGUUCAUCAGCCUCUUCUCUCAUCCAUUCUCUGUGCAGUGCAGAAUUUAUCUUUUCCUUGAUUUCACUUAUCAAUGUUCUGAAAGUAACCCUACCUCUGAGUCGUUUUCUUCAAUCUCCCACACUUGAUUUGACAAGUGCAUCUGAAUGUCUGAAUGUCACCAUGAGAACCCUGGAGAAUAUGCGAUGUAACGCUGAUCGUACUUUUUCCACUUUGCAUAUGGAGGCUACAGAAUUGGCCUCAGAACUCGGAGUGGAACUUAAAUUGCCACGUCUUGUAGGACGACAAGUACACAGAUCAAAUUACAAUGCAGGAUCAACUGAAGAAUUCUACAGGAAAUCUUUGUAUAUUCCUUUGCUGGAUAACAUUAUUAAUGAUUUAAAAGCUCGUUUGCCAGAAAACUCGAUGCAGUGUUUCCAGAUUCAAAUAUUGUACUUGUAA